AUCUUUAUAGAAAUGUAAACAAUUUGCGACAUUAUUGAAAAAAGAUUCGCUUUGCUCCUUCUUUUCCAUGAAAACAAUGUUCCAAAUCGGAACCCGAGAAGUAGCAAUGGCGCCACCAAUCAAGAAUCACAAUGGUCCCUUCUCGUCAAAAUCUCUCCUUUGUGCUCUAUAAAUCAUGGAGCAAGACGAUGAUUUCUCAGUGAGCUUGAUCACUCAUCAAAGUCCUCGGAUUUCCCUUUCUGCUGAGCCAGAUACAACUCUUUACUUAUUUUUCUGGGAAAGUUAACCUUUAAAAGCUUUCAAGAUGACAUCAACCAAGCAAACAGCCAAAGGAAGAAAAGUCUCAAUUAAAUACCCGCGGACUCUAUUUCAUGCAAAUUCCUUUGAGUCUAAUGAUAUUUGUCUGAAGCAAAAUGAUGAGUCGCGGACAGAAUCCAAUCGGAAGUCUGAAAUCAGAUCUUCCGGGGAUAUUAUAAGUACUACCAAGUUUGUAUCUAUACUUGGGAAUUUAUGGGAUUGUGUUGGACAGCCAGCAGUUUUCCAGAGCAGGGAAGGCUUGAAAUACAAUGACAACUUUGUAAAAGAGAAUCUCAUCUUUUCUUCUGAAAGUCAGAGAGGCAACAAAGCAACAUCACUUGUUAACACUAAAUGUGAAUACCAUGAUCUGAAGUCCAAUAACCGUUCGAGCCACGCAGCAAAAUCAGAUUUCGAGCAUCUGAAGACAUUAAAGAGAAUGAUGUUGUUUGCUUCUUGCACUAUUAACAAUCCACUCCUCUCAAAUGUUGCCCAUAUCAAUGAUUCAGCUUUAUAUGCAGCACCUUCUGCAAUUGAUAAGGUGCCGAGCACAGAGGUGGCUGAUGAUAAGACAGAAGCACAUGGAGGUAUAACUUGGAAACCUAUUCCCAAUUUGAAUUGUCCGGUAAAACACAGCGAGUUUGGAUGCAUCAGCAUCACUGCUGAAGGCUCCAGCUUAGGAAAAGAGAUCCACAUAGCUGGGGUUCCAGACCCUGCAAUUGCAGAGACUAAUAUAGAAGUUAAAUCUGAGCUUUCUUCAGGUGAAAUAGCUAUAAAUGAAGCUGAAAAUGUACCAGAAUCUCAUAGAUCUAGUGAUUCAUUUGCAGAAGUUGGUAGCUUGAAAGAAGCAAUAGUUAUUUUAAGCAGUCCCAGUUCUGGCAUUAAUUUGGAUCACAUCGGUGAAUGCUUGGCUGCAGCUAUUGGCACAGUUGGAGAAUCCCAAGAAGUAACAAACUCCUGUUUUGCAGUUGCAGACUCUUCAUCGGAAUAUUUUUCCACUAAAGAUCAAAAUCUUGAUGGAAGCAGUAAAAAGUUGUUUGAUAAGGUGGACAUUAUGCAGAAAUACUCGAGUAAUUUGUUACUCAUUCAAGACAAACUCCAGCAUGCCUUUGACAAAAAUAAGAAUGCUCUUGCUGGAGCUCUGGCUGGAACAUUGGUGAGCCUAUGCCUACAUCCUGUUGACACAGUGAAGACUAUUAUUCAAUCUAAUGGAGCGGCGGAGAAGUCCUGUCAUGAGAUAGUUAGAACAAUCAUAUCUGAAAAGGGUGUAAUGGGCCUUUACCGAGGAAUUGCAAGCAAUAUAGCUUCCUCGGCUCCAAUUUCUGCUGUAUAUACAUUCACAUAUGAAUCAGUUAAGAGUGCUUUGCUGCCCCUUUUACCAAAGGAGUACCACUCUUUUGCACAUUGUACUGCAGGUGCUUGUUCAAGCAUAGCAACUUCCUUUAUUUUUACUCCAAGCGAGCGGAUUAAACAGCAAAUGCAAGUCGGUUUACAAUAUCAGAACUGCUGGAAUGCACUCAUUGGGUGCCUUGAGAAGGGUGGUUUCUCUUCACUAUAUGCUGGGUGGGGUGCAGUUCUUUGCAGGAACAUCCCCCACUCUAUCAUUAAGUUUUACACCUACGAAAGCAUGAAGCAAUGGAUGUUGAAAUCUGGAGAGCCUGAUUCUAAUCUCAGCACAUGGCAAACUCUAGUAUGUGGAGGCGUCGCCGGAUCUACUGCUGCUUUAUUUACAACCCCUUUUGAUGUAGUGAAGACUAGAUUGCAGACCCAGGCUCCAGGAUCUCUAGCACAAUACGAAGGGGUUCUUCACGCACUAUGUGAAAUUGCUAGGCAAGAAGGCAUGCAAGGUCUUUACAGGGGAUUGACGCCAAGGCUGGCAAUGUAUGUGUCACAAGGAGCCAUUUUCUUUGCAUCAUAUGAGUUUCUCAAAGCUCUUUUCUCUUUGGAAGCUCGACGUAAUGCAUCACCUGUUCGAGAAAUUAGGAACAUACAAGACGAUAAUUCUGAACUGCAAAGCACGCAAAAGUUACCUGCAUAACAAUCACAAUCACUCAGAGUAGAGCUGAAUCCUCCUUAGGUAAUAAAGCUUUUCAAGGUUGCUCGGCAUGUUGUCUUGAAGACGACAAAAACUUUCAUUGAGAAACUUGAAACCUUGAAAUUUUCCCAACAAAUUUCUCACUAUUAUCAAUUAGCCAUCUUUACAUACCAUUUGCAACUUAUAAUUCCAUUUUUUUUUAUUAUUCAUUGUAUAAUCCUAUCUUCUUGA